AUGUCAGACGGUAAAACUGUCGUUGAAAGACGGUGUUCAAGCGGAAGUGCCUCAGGGGAUAAAAUAGACGUUGAAAGACGGUGUCAGGGGUUUAUCAAAGAAGGCUCACCAAUAAUUGAUGAUGAAGAUGCACCUGAGGAGGAUGACGAAACUGAGGAGGAAGACGAACCUGAUGAAAAACAACCUGAGGAAGGUGAACCUGAGGAAGUCGAACCUGAGGAAGUCGAACCUGAGGAAGACGAUCCUAAGGGCGACGAAACUGAGGAAGAGGACCAUAUAGAAGCUGAAGAUGAAGGAGGGGACCAAGAGGAUGCAGAGGAAGAUGAUGCCGGAGAUGAAGCCUGA